AUGAUCAACCUGCCUGUCCCGACAACUGUCCACCGGGCUGCCUCGCUGCCCACGCUCUGCCUUGCCUGCCUAGCGUCACUUGCGCUGGCCCCGCCGGCGUUGGCCGUCACGGUUAACCUUGGCGACAGCAGUCUCUUUCCGGGGUCCGCCGAGGUUAUUGUCGCCACUCCUGCCCAGGGGGCGUUUGGGCAGGACGCGGCGAUCUCACUUGCGCAGAGCUUUAGCGUAGAUAACGCGUUUUCACUGCAGUCUAUUUUUCUUGAGUAUGAGAACGACUCGAAUUCGCCCGGCGAUAAGACGCUUACGAUGUCUAUUUUCGAGGUGGCCGACGUCAACGCAGUCUCGCUGGCAGAGCCCCCGCUUGAGGCUGACAUCCUGUUUUCAGAUUCCGUUACCUUUCCCUUCGUCAGCUCGAGCACGGUCGCGCAGAUCGGACUCGAUAGUCCGCUCUCACUUUCUCCCAGCGUCGGCGCCUCUGGGUACGCAAUACACUUCGGGGGAACCACCGCGCCUGGCUGGGAGUGGCUGCGGACCACGAACAACACGGGUGCGGACGUGUACAGCGGUGGCAAGGCGUAUCAGGACGGUCCAGAAAAAUCUUCUGGGACACGCGACUUUACACUUGCCCUGUCUUCCGAUGCGCCGCCCCUGCCGCCGAUCGACGCAUUCUCGGUCCAGUCCGGCGACUUGCUGGCGGGCUCUACAUGGGACAACAGCAUCGCGCCCGUGGGCGCGGCGCCAACGCCCAACUACGUCCACAACAUCGUCAACGGCCACGCUGUGACCGCCGAUGGCUCGCAAGACUACAACGGUGCUCAAGUCAGCGUCGUCGAUGGCGAACUAACCUACACGGCUAGUGGCGUCCAGCUUCCGAUGGUCAGCGUUUCAGAAGGAGCCACUGUUGUCGAGACAACCACGGGCGAAUUCUUUCUGGGCGACAUUGGGGCGACCGACCUUGGCCAGAUGGAGCUCAAUGGCCGCCUGACGAUUACCGCAGAGGGCGGGGCCGACGCGGCUCUCGAUAUGGUCAUGGCCGGCGCCGGCACGGCAGAAGUGAAUGUUGAAGCAGGGGGUAACCUGUUUAUUACUGAUCUAAGCCAGUUCAACGGCGCCCUGCAGUUCAACGGCAGCGGCGACCAAGUGCUCUAUGAGGGCCCGAGUGGCGCAGGAGCGACAAUCGAGAUGAACUCGACGGGGACCAACCGUUUGGCCUGGAACCUAACAUCCGGGGGAGCCGCGAGCAGCAACGUUGUUUUCAACGAGCCCGGCGUCUUUGAUCACCAGACCACCGAGAGCGGCCCACGGCUCGGAUCCCCUGGCGAGAUCACGGCAAACGCUAGCGUCGAAGUCGACAUGACCAAGACGUACGUCGGCCAAGCAAGACGCCUGCUUACCGGCAUCAGCGGGGCGGGUGCGAUCACGGUAAACGGGACGCCUUCUGACCCCACAAACACUACCGCUGAUAUUGGGCUUAAUGAAUUUGAGAUGGGGGGAACGGCCGAGCGGGUCUACGACACCAACAAUUUCACCGGCACGCUAACCGCAAACGACUUUGUGAACGUUGAGGUGCGUAGUCACCUGUCGGGGGGGACGGUCGUCGUCAACCAGAACGCCUUGCUGGACGUCGGCCACGACAGCGUAGAAAACUUCUUCAGCACGCGAGUGGGCUCGAUCACCGUCAACAGCGGCGGUGCUCUCGAGAUUUCAGGCGCCGCCGCGAAUCAAUUUGACACGAUUACCUCUGAAGGGACCGUGAGCCUCGGAGGCGUGCUCGAGUUGCUGAUCGACCCCACCCUGACUGCGGGCACCACCCACGCCACACAAGGGACGUACGUCCCCUCCGAUGGGGAUACGUUCGAGAUCAUCUCCAUUGGCGCAGAAGUACUUCCAGGCGACUACGACGCCAACGGCACGGUAGGCCCUGAAGACUACGAUCUGUGGGUUGCGACCUUCGGCAGCGAGUCAGACGUAACGGCGGACGGCAACCUCGAUGGCGUUGUUGACGCCGCCGACUACACCGUGUGGCGCGACAACGCGGGCGCCUCGGGAGCCGUCACCGGCUCGAUAGUGGGAGACUUCAGCUCGAUGGUAAUCGUUGAUCCAGGCAACGUCCUGGCCGGCUUUGAAGUCACUAAGUCGGUUACCACCGGCGUCGGAGGUAAUGUAACGUUGACAGUUAACGCCAUCCCGGGCGCCGGCGUGGCGUCAGCACCCGAGCCGUCGUCGCUGUUGCUGGCCGGCCUUUCCGCCGGGGCAGCAGGCGGACUGGUCGGCCGGCGGCGUCGGUUUCCGGCGCAGAUGGAACAGCAGGCGCUGUACGACAGCAUCGACAAAUCGGUUGACUGGUAUCACCCCAACAACGAGGUUCCUUCAACCACGCCGCUGCCAAUGAUGCGUUGUCCUUCGCGAGGGGGGUUAGAGCCAGUCACGCUGUUGGGCCCCGGCAACACCAACGGGGAAGGAUUUGGGGAUUGGCCAGAAUCAGACCUGCGGACUCACUACCUGGCCGUUUUGGGCGCUAACACGGAGCUCUCCGUGCUUCCGUCGUUCUGCUCCGAUCCGUCAUCGCCGUACACAAUGGAAACUGAAACCUCGGGCAGUUCCUCUCGUCGAACCACGGUGAAAUGCAUCGACGGCACCCAGGGGCCUAUCGCCAACAGCGGCGUGAUCUACCGCUUCAGUGACACAAGAAUGGGGGAAGUUAUCGACGGCACGUCGAACACCUUCCUCUGGGGCGAAUCGGCGUUCGGCAUCAUUGAGGACCAGCGGACACGCGCAUGGAUCGUCGGUGCCACCAAUGUGUUCAUGUAUGGGGCCAAGAACGUCGCCUACUCCAUCAACAGCGGCGCCCGUCCUGGGCCUUCACGGAACAACAUGGGCUUCGGAUUUAAACCUAGGAGUUCACGGCAGAUGGAGAAACGUGACUGGCUCCUCGGAAAGUGUGUACUGAUCGCCGCUUUUGUGGGGGUUGCUGUAGGAUGCGGGCAGUCUUCCCACGAGCUGGACACGGCGCCGGUUUCGGGUCGGAUAACGCUUGACGGGGAGCCGCUCCCACAAGGGAUCGUGUACGUGAUUCCAGACAAGGGUCGCAUGGCCAAAGCCCUCGUUAAGGAAGACGGCACGUUCGAACUCAGCACCUACCACGACGGUGACGGCGCCCAAGUCGGCAACCACGCUGCAGUUGUUGCUGCAUUGCCGCCGGACGAACUGAACGCGUCACAGAAACAAACACGGGUAGCCGUGCCCAAGCGGUACACCCAGGCCAGCACGUCGGGCCUGACCGUCAACGUGGAGGCUGGCAAGACGAACGAAGUAGAGUGGGCGCUGUCGACCGCGGCCAACGCCGCCUCCGUGACAGUAAAAUCGAUUGAAACCGGGGGAAGCUUCCCCGCCAAUCCUGAGAUCGCGGUGGCGUCCUUGGAUGAGGCCACGUUUGGCGAUGAUGCCGACACUUCGCUGGCGCAAAGUUUUACGGUGGUCGACCCCUUCUCGCUUAACAGCAUCUACCUUGCGUAUCAGAAUGACGAUCGCGAUCCCGGCGACAAGACUUUGACGAUGACGAUCUUCAAGGUUGCUGACGCAGACGCCCCCACGCAUGAUGAGCCGCCGAUGCCAGGGGACGUCAUCCUCACAGAAUCCGUUACUUUCCCUUACGUAGAGUCCACGGACACCGUCGCCACCAUCGCGCUCGAUGCCUCACUCGCCCUGGAGUCUGGCAGCUACAUGCUCCGCUUCUCUGGCACAACGAAUCCCGGCUGGGAAUGGUUUCGAACUACCAACAGCUCGGGGAGCGUCUACGCGGGCGGACAGGGCUACGAGAAUGGAGGGGAGAAAGGCAACCGCGACUUCGCUCUCGCGUUGUCAUCCGUGCCAGCCCCGUCAAGCGCAGCAUUGAUGCUGUCCGCGGCGCUAGCAACAAUCUUGUGGCGGAAAUCGUAG